AUGACUCAAUCUGUUAUGGGAUCAAUCAACAAUGGCGGAGGGGCUAUUCAGCUUCCCGUCAUCGACGUCUCAAACUUCGGCGCGGAAGUUGGAAAGCAAAUGCUGGAUGCUGCCACCAAUUUCGGUUUCCUCUACAUCAGCACCACUGGAACUGGAUUCACAGAGGAGUUGGUCAAUCGACAUUUCCAACUUUCUCAAAAACUCUUCGCACUGCCCGAUGCAGAAAAGGAGGCGUAUCGUAUUGACCAUUCCAAUCAAGGUUGGGUCGGGAUGCAAGCUGAGAUCCUCGAUCCCAAAUCACAGCGAACAGGAGAUUUCAAGCAAGGUUUCAACAUGGGUGAAUUCCGGGAUGGAAAGCCUCAGAAGCCUCUGCCUUCUGUGUUGGAAGAACGCCUAGAAGACCUUGCCAAGUUCGAGGCGAAGUGUCAGCAGCUCUGCGGUCGCAUACUGGACCUGCUCGCACUCGGGCUGGAAGUCGAGGAACCAGGGUUUUUCUCCUCACGACAUACUCAACCAAGUGGCUGUACGGUCCGACUAUUGCACUAUCCGGCGAUCCCAGAUGAGAGCGACUACCAGCCCGAGGUCGAUAUCCGUGCAGGUGCACACUCGGACUACGGCAGCAUUACGCUCCUUUUCCAGAGGCCGUGUCAACCAGGGCUCGAGAUCCGCACGUCAGAUAACACCUGGGCACCUGUCCCUGUCAUCCCAGACGGAUACACAGUGUCAACUACAUUCCCACCCAUCCUGGUGAAUAUCGGCGACCUACUAUCAUACUGGACGAACGGGAUGCUAAAAAGUACAGUCCAUCGAGUUGUGUUCCCACGUGAUGCAAAGCGUGGGGGCGAGGAUAGGUAUUCAAUUGUCUAUUUCUGCCAUCCUGGCGACGAUACGCAAUUGGUGCCUGUCCCAAGUCGGCUUGUGGCCGAGCAUACCUUGGACGAAGGUGCUCAAGUCGGGCACGGUGGUGGAGCGACGUCGGAAAGAGCCAUCACGGCUCAAGAGCAUUUGCUGAAUAGAUUGCAGGCAACAUAUGAGUUCAGAGGCAGCUCAGCGAGCGGAGGUGGUGUCAAAGUUUGA